AGGACAGUAUUGCUUUAAAGGGCUCCCAAGGUCACACCGUAAAACUCAGCUUUGCAGUUCUUACCCCUGGAGAUUGUGUUGAUCUUAAAUCGCAACAGUGGACUUCUGGGUCUUGAGCAGUAUAACGAUACCCAGGAACAUGACACUGCUAUGAUGAAAUGAGGUAGAUAUGACUGAUGUGGAGGCGACGUAUGAAGACUUCAUAGCCUCUGGGAGGACGGGCAGAAGGAAUGCAGUGCAUGACAUUCUAGGAGACUCUGGUGAACUGGACGCUAGUGGACUCACACAGACUCUGUCAGACCUCUGCAUCAACAAAGCAGAUGAAGGGAAUGAUGGUGAGAAAAACCCAGGCCCCUCAGAACCUGAUUCCAAACCUGAGAAGAGCAAAGAAGAAGACGCAUAACGGGCCCCUGUGAGAGGAAGAGGAGGAGGUGGACCCAGCUCCCUCUAGUGGUUGAUCUCAGGACUGGGGCAUGGAAGAGGCAGAGCCUGUACAGCUUGGGCAGUGCCCUCUGCUGCACGCCUCUGGAAUUGCCAGCGGCUCGGCCUCGAAGGCACGGCGGUUGCUGGCUGCUGUCAGACGCUGGGCCCACGGUUUCAGUAACGGAUGAAGCACCUGGCUUUGGCGUCGUAGCCGUGUCCCCAACGGCCAUCGCCUCGGAACCAUCACUGAUGUAGGAACCACCUCCUCCUAGAUGAUCCCUGUAGCUGUUCAGCUGCUUGUCUGAAGCAAGAACCUGCGCCACCUCCAGCCCCUGAUGCUGAUGUGGGGAGGUGUCGAAUCACUAUGGCUGCUGUGCUUCUGAUGGAGGCGGACGUUGACUUUCCAAAAAAAACGGAGACACUGGUCAUCCAUUUGGACACUUAAGUGUCUGGCCAGUAGGGCAUAACUUCAGAUCCACAGAGCAACUGCCAAAGUAGCUGUGCUUAAAUACGUAUCCUUGAGUGUUUUUAAAAAAAUAUUUUUUUUCAUGUAUUAAAAAAGGUGGUGGUGUUAUGCUAGAAUUUGUUUGCUGGUUGUUUUUUUGUUUUGUUUUUUUUUUCCCCCCUUUAGUAAUCGCAGCAGUUGUUCCCCCUUUUCUUUUCAUUGGUGUGAAUAUUGAAUACAUGCAAAAAGGGGUUCUCUGUAAAACACAGAUGCUGCACUAUGACUGUUGGACAAGUCGGAUGUCAUCAGAAAUCAAAAACAAAAAAGUGAUCUUUGUAGAUCAUGCAUGGCACAAUAAUAUAUUCAUCGUAUACCAAGUGGAUAUGUGUGUGAAAGUAUCCACAUCAUGCAGCUUUGUAAAAGUGGACUUAAAGUUUCCAGUAUGUUGCAAUUUAUUGAUUGUGUAAUGUUUUUUUAAAUAGUAAAGAAAAAGGAGAAAAAAAUUAAUUAAAAAAAUUCUCUUGAACAACACUGCCUAGUUUAUCUUCCUAAACUUGUGUACAACCUGGCAGGUCACUUAAAGAGAUCUGUUUACCCUACAAAUUCACUUCUUAUUUGUCUUCCAUGUUUGAUUUUGAUGUUCAAUUGUUUUGUUUCACAGAUUUGCUAAUAAAAAUAAUGAAUGAUA